AUGGGCGUCAAGAGGUUCAGCGGGGCGCCCUUCGGGGUGCAGAGCCACAGGUUUGAUGUCUCCGCCGUUUACCCCAACCGGAAGAAAUUCAGCACUUUUACAGAGGCCCCAUACUCCAGGCUUUACUCUGUGGACCUGUCCCACAUAGGACCUGGGACCUAUGGCUACCAGGAGACCUGCUUUAGCAAGAAGAAGCUCAGAGAGGAGGUGGGCACAGGCUGGGCCCGGGCCCAGGAAGCCAUCCGGCUGACCCAGCUGCCCCACUUUCAGUACCAGGCCAUCAUGAAGGAGAAGCAGCUGCAGAAGGAGAAGCUGGGGCCUGGCUCCUACAACCUCAAAGACUUCUUAGAACAGCUGCAGGAGAAGCCGUGCAGCACCCGGGGGCUGCUCAGCUCAGGGGAGAUUCGCUUCCGAGGACUCAUUGGGAACUACUAUCCAGGCCCUGGAAAUUAUGGGGUGAAGGGCAACCCAUACACAAAGCUGGAAGAGAAAGCCUGGAACCGUUCUCAUUCUGAGGGCCUCAUGUGCAGGAUGACCAACAAGCCGUCCCCCCUGUCUCAUCAGGGGAGUGGUCUGGCUCCAGGCACCUACUCUCUCAAAAGUGGCAUUGAGGCAUACCUGGCACAAUCCAUGGGCACCCGUGGGCUUUACGACACUUUCUCCGGUGACCGAAGCAAGCCCCAGCCUUACGGACACUACUCUGUGCAGAAAAAAAAGCCCAGGGAACUGAUGAAUUUUACGAGCUUCGUGGAAGAACUUAACUCCUGUCACAAUAAGAAGCGCGGGGUUUUUUCGAAAAUUUCUCGCAACCCAGAAACCCCUACAGAAAGGAUUUACUGGGCCACCCUCAGCCAGUGCCCCCGGAAACUGGCCACGUCUGGGCCUGGUUCGUGGCUCCCUCCAGAGAAGGAAUGCAGGCACAUCAACCAGCCACCGUUCCUGCUGUCUUCCAAGCGGAUGGGCAUAAAGACCUACCAGAUGAUUCUGGGAAGCUGGAACCCUGUGGGUGUGGGCCACUACCUCAACACCUGGCUGGCAGAAACCAAGGACCAUCGGCAGCGAUAUCGGUCCCUGUUUCUGGGUGGAUCCAAGCGCUACCUCUCAGACCUGGCCAGGGACAGGCUCAUGCAGGAAAGGAUCACACCUUUUACUAAGGGAAGGUGUCCUCCAACAGUGGAUUACAAUUCAGAUUCUACUUCUUAAAGCUGCAUAUGAAGGACUGCCUGUGAUGACCAGAGGGCCCAACAACCUGGAGACAAAUCUGGGGAUGGGAGGGUAGGAGUGGGAAUUGGGAGGGUAGGGAGGAUCUUAGAGAAAGUACACAUGGGAAUGCCUGGGAGAGGGGAGAGAUAUGGUGGGAUCACUUUUGCUGGAGACAUCUACCAUGAUGUCUGUUGGGACAUCUGGGGCCAGAUAUCUUUUGAUAUGAAAGAUCAACUAUCCUGAGAAUUCAAAUUAGCCAGUGGCAUGAACAUGGGAGCCAGAUAGCAGAUGGACUAAUGAAGCGGAAUGUGGUUGACACUCUUGGAAGCUCUUCUAUUCUAAAGCCAACUUGCAUGACUCCCUGAUUAUUAAAAUCCAAAAAGAGGCAGAAAAGUGUAGCAUAUGUCAUAAGACAGCUGUAGGCCUCCUUCAGGAACUCUCUGUCUCCAUCCCAGGAUGCUUCUGGAAGCUCAACAGGGCCUAACAUGAUUUAUGAGGAAGCUGCUGGCACCCGGCCAUGUGCAGCCAUGGGGAACAAUCAGUUUCACCCUUUGGAGUUCAGCCUUGUGGGCACACUAGUCUAACCCAAAGAUGGGUCAGUGGGGUUGGUCACAAUGUCCUGAGCUACUUCCUUCACUGUUUUUUGUUGGUGAGAGAUUGUGUAGGGUGGCAGGAUUAUAUUGUCUCUAUGUCCCUAGAAAAAAAGGAGGCUGGAACAUCACAGCCUUAGCCACAAAACUCUAAUAAUGAUGAAAAAUACUCUUCAGAGUGUGAGUGCCUUAUGAAAAGUGGUUACUUUCUCACUCAUGGCAAAAUGACUGUCUUAGAAGAAGUAAAACUGUCUUUAUUCUUAGAUAUGUUGCCUAGGUGAAAAAAAAUCCUGUGAAUUCUCAAAAAAGCUGAUGAACCAAAAUAGGUGCAAAUAGAUCUGAACCAAAAUAGGUGCAAAUAAUAAAUCAACUCAGCAAAUUUUCAGGAAAUAAUAUAAAUAUAUCAAAAUGAAAUAUAUCUAUAUGUGAUAAAAAUUAAAAAUC